CUAGUUUAGUAAGAGAGUCUCGUUAGUUAGAUCAACAUCUUCAUUGAGUGCAGUUGGAGGGUUUGGUAAUUCUAGAGUUGUGAUUGAAGAACUAUUUAAAAAUCACUAAGUGAUCAAUUCAAAUUUUAAAAAUGUCAAAAAUAAAAAACAAAGGAACGAUAGAAGAUGUCGCCUUAAAUAUCCCAAUUUGGAACUUUGCGGUUGUCACAGUUUCACUGCCAGGCGUUUCCCUAGCGAUUUGUUUUAUCACUGCCUUCAUAUUCAGAUUUGAUGAUGUUAAUGAAACUAUGUGUGAAGUGAAAAACUUUAUUCCCUCAAUAAGUGCAGUGACUGGCAUAACACCUCAAACAUAUCUGUGGCGCACAUGUAUAGCUCUUCACUCUGCACCAAGGUUUGCUGUGAAUCUCAUCCAUUACAACCAUUAUAUCAACCAGUUGUAUCGUGUUAAGCCAGAGAGAAUUGGAAAAUAUAAGUUCCUUAUCAAGGUCAACUUUUGGUUAAAUUUUGUUGAAAAUUCCUGUCUGACAUUAGUUGCCUACAUAACAAAUCGAGAAAACUAUCCUGUCCAUGAGAAAAUCUUUGUUGUUUUUAUGAUAACUUCCCUGUGCUACAUGCUUCUGAACACAAUCAUCUACAACUGGAGCAGGGAUGGUGUUUUUACAGAAAUUGAGAAAAGAUCUUAUUGGUGGAAGAAGGUUAUGUUCGCUUCCAUAGCAACAGCAACAGCAGGGCUUCUCUUCUUUUUUGUACUGCACAGACUUUACUGUGUUGUUGGGGCCUUCAGUUUCUUCUCUGUUUGUGAGUAUAUUAUAGCAUACACCAACAUGGGUUAUCACUUCACUGCCUACUUAGACUUUAAAGGUCAAUCUUUUACUUUUGGAAGUUUCCGUCAAGACAUGCGUAGCAGUAAUGGAGUCACAGCAACGACUAACAACAACAUUCGGCUCAAGAAUAAAGUACAAUGAUGUUCGUGUAAUUAGCAUAGCUAGUUGAAGGAAAAGCUAAGAUAUUUAUUUUAGGGAAAUGUUGUUCAUCUUAUACCUUGUGUAAUAUAUAUAUCGAAUACUCUUGUCUAAAAUGUUACUCAUUCCCUAAAGGUUUUUCUUUAUGUUUCAUAUGUUCACAUUAAGUUUGUGUAAAAAAUUUAUAUAAUAGGGCCUACACAUACUGGUGUUUGAAAGAAGGUAUUUAAAUUUUAGAGACAUGUGGUGUUUUUUGCAGAGAAACAGCCUAUUUUUUUUUUACUAUGGAAAUAUUAUUUAGAAUUGACUAGCUUUACUUUAUAUAAGCAGGGUUUCCCAUGUACACAAAUUAACUUUUAAAACUUACUAUAGAUACAGUUCAUUCAUCAAUUAUUUUUUUUAUUUUGUAUUUUUUACAUUUGUCUAUUUAAAAAAAAAAAGAAAUACCAUCUUGGAAGUCUUCUUACAAAAUACUUUUGAUUGUUUUAGCUGUAAUUGUUCUUGUAAAUCUAUUUCCUUGUGUUUAUAAAUGGGAUUUUGAUUGUUUUAGCUGUACUUUUUCUUGUAAAAUUAUUUUCUUGAGUUUAUAAAAGGGAUUUUUACUCUUGGUAUUGAUAGCUACAUUAAUUUAAAUGCUGUAAUAUAUGUAGUGUAUUAUUAGUAAGUGAACAUCAUCAAGAACUUGUUAAAAUAGGGAUACAGAAAUCUUAAUGAGAGUAGUACCCCCAAGAUAAAUAUGACAUUAAAAAAACAUUUACCUAAAGGAACACAGACUAUCACGAAAAUUCAUUUUGAUAUCAAAACAGUACAAAGUAAAAUAUUAGAAAAAAAUGUUAGAUUUCGGAAAUUAAUUUUAAAUGUUUCCCCACUGUUUGUAGUGUUACAUGUUAGUAUUCUACAUAAAACAUACAUUUUUAUAAAUAUCGGUGUAUUGUUGCAUUUUACUAAUAUACAUAGUGCAUUUAUUUAUAGUCAAACAUUUGUUUACAAACAGUUUUAAAGAAAAAUAUUUUGGUUUAUACAUUAACCAUACCUUUUUUUUUUGUAAAGAAAUAUUUCUUUACAAAUAUACAAAUUCUAAGACACAGCAACGUAUACAUUUUCUUCUGGUAAUGUACUUCUGGACCAUUCAUAUGAUUAUUGGACCAUAUACCAUUUCUAUCACACAUCUGUCUCUUUAAAUAAUUGUAAUUAAUGUGAUUCAAAUUUAAGUUUUUAAGGCCUAUUUUUGUGCAUCAUCACAGCAUUAUGUAUUUUGUAUUAGGGACACAUAUCUUAUUCCAGUAAGUGUAUAGCCAAUUGUUGGUUUGAUAGAUUACAUUUUAAUGUUCAAUUAUGAUUAAUGACUGAUUGAACUUAGGAAUUGUGCACAUUUAUAGGGCCUAUAUCACAAAAAUUUUGACAUUUUUUAGUUUCAUCUACUACCACUUAAAUUAUAUGAAAAUUAUAUAUAUAUAUAUAUAUAUAUAUAUAUAUAUAUAUAUAUAUAUAUAUAUAUAUAUAUAUAUAUAUCAAAAUGAUUGACCAUCACUCCACCUUCUUUGUAUCCUAGAACAAACACAAUCUCCCUUAA